GGAGCCUAUGUCGUGGUCAUCUUCGGUCUGCGCAUUUUCUUCCAUAAUAUCGCUCGCGCGCCGCAUUCCACAGGAUCGCCCCCACACUGUCGAUUUGAGCUAAUCUUCGCGACUGCGUUCUCUCCUUGUAUUUGGAACUUACAACGAUGGUGUUGGUCAGAGUGUGGUCGACGGAUAAGAGUAGGAAGAAACUACUUAACAUCACAGACGGCGACGAUCUCAAGAGACAAGCAAUCGCUAAAGGACUAGCCAGGGACCCGGGCCACGUCCGGGUAUAUUUAGAAGAUGGAACCGAAAUAGAGGACGACGUGAUAGUCGAGGUUCUGCAAGACUCGAGUUUUGAGAAAAUAUUCGUCCUAUCCGAGAGCGGGUGGCAUUUCGAACGACCUGGAGGAUAUAUCAGAGAACGACGCUCUCGAGGUUAUUCGACGACGCUGCCUGCUUCGCUCAACCACCUGGGUCUGAGUCAUCAUCAUGGCGUUCUACAUAACCACACCAAUCACCAGAGUGCCAACAACCAUGACCGGGAUGCGGUUUCGAGAAACCAAGCCGCCAUGGCAGCUUACCAACAGCUCCUACAACAGCAGCCACACGCUGACCUGAAUGGAUUGAGCAGCAGCCAAGCAGAAUCUGGCUGUCUUUCGAUCCUCUCUUCAGGUGACUCGGAUGAAAGCGAUUCCGCGAUGUCGAAUUCCAAUCAGAACCACACGAUGAAUGGUGGACCCCAGUCCCCAGUGGCUCAGAUGGUCGAAGGGGACGAUCUCUUGCUGAAAUCACCACAAAACGUCGGGAGCAACGAUUGCAAGAAUGUGGCUGAAAUCUUGCCAGACAUUACAUUAAAGACACCUCUACAGGGAGCUAAUUUUCAUUAUUCUCCGAUUGCAGCACCGUCUCCGCAAGGCAUGCUAAUGAACGGCGGUGGAGGCUUAGUCGGUGGAUCUUUGGGAGGAGGUCCGCUUGGUGGAGUUUCACCAGGUUUGGGUGUAGCUGGUUUAUUCCAGAUACCGUGGGACCGCCUGCCUGACUAUGUCAUUCAAACACUUGAGGAAGGUCGCAAGUUGGACAAGAGGGACCGGCUGGAGAUGAUCCGCAUCGUUUGUGCAGCCAUGGAGCAGCAGUUUGGAGCCCGACCCGCGAGGCGCCAAAUCGCCGAGGUAGCCCGAGAAAUGGUGGCGAGAUAUCCACAAUCUUUGCGCGACGAACCCGGCGAGGCGACUGUGUUCGGACAAGGUUACGACCGGGUCUUUAAAUAUCUCGAAGCCCGUGUUGUCAAUAGCUCCAAGAGCAGUCGUAAACGCACCUAUGGGGAAUUAGUAGCUCAGACCCCUGGCGACCAUCGAUCAACUGCGGCCAAUCGGACGCUCCUGCCAGACUUCUGCGAGGCCCUUCUUCAGGAGCAGGAGAACUUCAAACCACUAUUGCAAGCCUUGAUGGCCCGAGACGUGAAAAUCCAACAGUCGUCGUGA